GAUGCUGAGAAAAGGGGGAAAAGAGGAACCAGUAAUAAUUUGUUUUCUUUCAUGAUCUCAGCCCCGAUAACAAGUUGGAUCAGGUCAGUCUGGUUUUCCGUUGAUUGGGUUAUUAACAACAGUCUGAAAGUUAAAUCAUUUUGACUACGUGUCCAAAAGUUUAACUGACCAUUUUACCCCAACAGAAUCACAAUUAAUUUUUCUUUCAUCAACUUUGAUCAUUAGUGAAAACUUUGUUAACCAAGUUAAUUGUUUUGAUUGGAUAAAAUAUUUUCCUCUCAUUUAUAAGCAUCAAAAUGAUUAAAACUAUUGGUUAUUAUUUGGCUUUGGUUUUGGCCAUUUUUUCAGUGUUAUUUUUGUUUACCUGGUUAACAGUUUACGAAUCGGUAACCUGGUUAUUGUUAAUCACGACACUUGUUUACCUUUCGAUUAACAUUGGAAAUCUAAUUUGGCCUGAGGUUCAAGUUAUUCCAAAGGAAAUGAUCGAUGCUAAAAACAAGGCCGUUCUAAUUACUGGCUGUGAUACCGGGUUCGGUAAUAAAUUAGCCCAGAGAUUGGCUCAUUAUGGUUUCUAUGUGUUUGCUGGUUGCCUUGAGCCUGAAGGUUCGGGUGCUAAUCAAUUGCGAAAAAAUUGUCGAAACAAUGUCAAAGUGUUGAAAUUAGAUGUAACAAGCGAUGAAGAUGUUAAAUCAGCGAUUAAGAUUGUCGAAGAUGGUCUUAAGGGCCGUUCUUUAUGGGCUAUCGUUAAUAACGCUGGUAUUUUAAUCUCAACGGAAAUUGAAAUGGGAGAUAUGACUAGUUUCACUAAGCAAAUGGAGGUUAAUUGUUUGGGAACAAUUCGGGUUACAAAAGGAUUUGUACCAUUGAUCAGAUCAAGUGGAUCAAUUGGUGGAAGGGUAAUUAACGUUGGAUCGAUUGCUGGUAGACAUUGUAUUCCCGGUAUGGUUGCUUAUUCGGUUUCAAAGGCUGCGGUCAUUUCAUUUAGUGAAGGGCUAAGACGAGAAUUGAAAAAAUGGUCAAUCGAUGUGAUCACAAUUGAACCUCAUUUGUUUAAAACAAAUUUAACCAAUGAUCAGGUACAGAAAAAAUGGUUAGACGAAGCAUGGAAAGUUACACCUGAUUCGGUAAAACUGGACUAUGGUCAAGAUUAUCUUGAAGGUUAUCAAAAGUUCUUGAACAUUAUUCUUGAUUCAGCUCGACCUCAGGUUGAAGCGGUUGUUGAUACAAUGGUCAUUGCGGUCACUCAUUCAUUUGUAUCACCAGCUUACAGGGUUAUGGGUCAUUUGGAAAGGAUAAGAGUUGCUCUCUAUGAUUAUCUACCUGUACGAUUACUUGACCUGAUAUCUCAUCAUUUGGCAACAAUUUACACAGGUAAACCAGCAUUGGGUAAACCAGAUAAACAAAAAUAAAGUGACCAUCAUGUCAAUGGUAAUCUGAUGACCAUCAACGUUGUAAACAAAGAGAUAAAUUAACUUACCCAAUAA